GCCAGAGCUGUGCAGCCAAGGACCUUUUAGUAUUGUGGUAGUCGCCGAGUAGUGUCAAACAUGUCCUCCGUCCAGAAGCAGACGACGACUCGCACCGUCAAGCAACAGUCCUCGGAGACCUCGGGAGUGACCCAGACGUCCACCACGACGUCCCGCCAGACCAACCGGGUCCAGAUCACGCAGCGCGGCCUCUUCUUCGACGACGCCUGCUUCGAAGACACGAGGAACGACUUCCGGAAUGCGAUCAGCGACGUCGUGUCCAGGUUUGGCGACAAAUCCUCCAACAUCGACGAGCUCACUCAGUACAGGAGUCUGCGGUCGCGCGAAAUAAGGGACGAGAACCAGGCCAUCACGUCGUCUCAGGACGAUAGCAAGUACAAGAUCGUGGUAGAUGUUCAGGAUUUUGUGAAUGGAGGAGAAAUCAAUGUCAAAGUCGUCGAGGAGAGGGAAGUCGUGGUUGAGGGCCGCGUCCAGAAGGUGGAAGGCAACAGGACUUCCAGCAAGAGCUUCCAGCGAAGCUUCUUUCUUCCCGAGGACGUCGAUGUCGACACUUUGGCCUCCGUGAUGUCCGCAGACGGCGUUCUCACCAUCACGGCCAUCCGAAGGACAGUAACACAACAAUUGACGCAAGUUCCUGUCAGUAUCCAGAGAGUGGAAAACAGACAGGUUACGACGACCACAUCCACGACAGGUGUACAGGAAGUUCCUGUUCCUGUCCAGCCUGUUCAAGACACUAACCAGACCGUCAGCGUGCAGAAGGUGACCAAGAUCACUCAGCAGACUACCUCCUCGACUGACUCCUCUGUUCCUCAGUCGCCAGAGAAGCCUCUUCCCAUUGCCAAGAAGGGAGACUUCUUCAACGACUCCUUCUUCGAGGACACGCGCCAGCACUUCCAGACGGCCGUCCACGAGGUCCUGCAGAAGAUGAACAUCCAGACGGCCAACACAGACGAGAUCUCCACCUACAGGAACCUUCGUCAGCGCGAACUGAGGGAGGAGACCCAAGCCGCCACAGUCAACGAGGACCAGACAACGCACAAGGUCGUUGUUGACGUCCAAGAUUUUAUCAACGGCGGAGAAGUGAACGUGAAGGUGGUGAACGAGCGAGAAAUCGUCAUCGAAGGCCACGUCGAGAAAAAGGAAGGAAACACUACGUCUACGAAACGUUUCCGCAAACGUUACGUUCUUCCCGAAGACAUUGAGGUAGAAAAAGUAACUUCUGUGAUGUCAUCCGAUGGAGUCCUCACCAUCACAACGCCAAAGAAACCAUCCGCUCUACCGCUGUCCGAAGUUCCGGUGAGCAUCCAGAAAAUUGAAAAUAAGAAGACCACAACCACCACAACCACAACAGGUGUGCAGGAGACGCCUGCACCUGUCCAGCCUGCUCAGCCUAUCCAGCCGUCCCAGGACACUGACCAGACCGUCAGCGUGCAGAAGGUGACCAAGAUCACUCAGCAGACCACCUCCUCGACUGACUCCUCCGUUCCUCAGUCGCCAGAGAAGCCUCUUCCCAUUGCCAAGAAGGGAGACUUCUUCAACGACUCCUUCUUCGAGGACACGCGCCAGCACUUCCAGACGGCCGUCCACGAGGUCCUGCAGAAGAUGAACAUCCAGACGGCCAACACAGACGAGAUCUCCACCUACAGGAACCUUCGUCAGCGCGAACUGAGGGAGGAGACCCAAGCCGCCACAGUCAACGAGGACCAGACAACGCACAAGGUCGUUGUCGACGUCCAAGAUUUUAUCAACGGCGGAGAAGUGAACGUGAAGGUGGUGAACGAGCGAGAAAUCGUCAUCGAAGGCCACGUCGAGAAAAAGGAAGGAAACACUACGUCUACGAAACGUUUCCGCAAACGUUACGUUCUUCCCGAAGACAUUGAGGUAGAAAAAGUAACUUCUGUGAUGUCAUCCGAUGGAGUCCUCACCAUUAAGACGCCGAAGAAACCAUCCUCUCAGCCACUGCCAGAAGUCCCUGUGAGUAUUCAGAAAAUUGAAAAUAAAAAGACCACAACCACCACGACCACAACAGGUGUGCAGGAGAUACCUGCACCUGUCCAGCCUGCUCAGCCUGCCCAGCCUAUCCAGCCGUCCCAGGACACUGACCAGACCGUCAGCGUGCAGAAGGUGACCAAGAUCACUCAGCAGACCACCUCCUCGACUGACUCCUCCGUUCCUCAGUCGCCAGAGAAGCCUCUUCCCAUUGCCAAGAAGGGAGACUUCUUCAACGACUCCUUCUUCGAGGACACGCGCCAGCACUUCCAGACGGCCGUCCACGAGGUCCUGCAGAAGAUGAACAUCCAGACGGCCAACACAGACGAGAUCUCCACCUACAGGAACCUUCGUCAGCGCGAACUGAGGGAGGAGACCCAAGCCGCCACAGUCAACGAGGACCAGACAACGCACAAGAUUGUUGUGGACGUUCAGGACUUUGUAAAUGGCGGAGAGGUUAUAGUGAAAAUUGUAAAUGAACGAGAAGUCAUCAUCGAGGGACACGUCGAGAAGAUGGAAGGCAAUAAGACAUCUAUAAAACGUUUCCGUAAACGUUAUGUUCUGCCAGAAAACAUCGAGGUGGAGAAGGUCACUUCGGUGAUGUCAUCGGACGGAGUUUUGACCAUCACAACACCGAAGAAACCAUCCUCUCAGCCGCUGACGCAGGUGACGCCCGUCAGCAUCCAGAAGAUCGAGAACAAGAAGCAAGAGACAAUAACGCAGGAAACGAAGACAACGACUGACAGCAGCGUGACUGACGUUCCCAGCCGACUCCUUACCAUUAUUAAGAAAGGGAACUUCUUCAGCGACACCUUCUUCGAAGACUGCCGCCAGAACUUCCAGACAGCUGUUAUACAGAUCCUGAAGAAGCUGAACAUCGAGACUUCCACCGUCGACGUCAUGACCACGUACAGGACGGUCCGUCAGCGCGAGUUGAGGGAGGAGACGCAGGCCAUCACCGAGAAGGAGAGCGAGCAAGUCCGAAAAUUCGUUGUAGACGUACAAGACUUCGCCAACGGAGGAGAAGUGACGGUCAAGGUCGUGCAGGAGCGGGAGGUGGUGGUGGAAGGGCGCGUGGACAGGCAGGAGGGUGGAGUCACCUCGACCAAAAGGUGCAAGAAGACGUUCAUCCUCUCGGAGAACAUCCAGGUGAACUCGGUGACCGCUGUGAUGUCGGCCGACGGCAUCCUCACCAUCACGGCUCCCAAGAAGGUGACGCAGCAGCAGCAAGUCACCGUCGAGAAGACCACAGACACGAAGAAGGAGGUGACGAAGGAGGCCGUCGUCCAGAAACCCGGCGAGGACAGAGUACUUCCGGUGAACAAGAAGGGAAGUUUCCUCAGCGAUCCCUACUUCCAAGACUCCCGCCAGGACUUCCAGUCGUCCGUUACGGAGGUCGUGAUGAAAUCCACCGAGAAGGAUUCGAAGGAGGAUCACAUGACGAUCUACAGGCGCCUUCGGCAGAAGACCAUCAAGCUGGAGAACCAGGCGGUCAGCGUCAAAGAGGACGCUCAGUUCCAGAAGAUCGUGCUCGACGUCCUGGACUUCAUGAACGGCGAAGUGAAGGUCAUGAUCACGUCCGAGAACAUCCUGGUGGUGGAGGGACGCGGGACACGCCAGGAGGGGGUCAAGACGUCCUCCCACAGCUUCCUCCGGCGCUUCAUCGUGCCCGACAACGUCAUCCCGGAGUCUAUCGAAGCCACGCUCUCCUCCGACGGCAUCCUCACCAUAUUCUCCAAGAAGCAGUAGUGAGGAGAAGGCGCAGGCGUAGGAGGAGGAGGAGGAGGAGGACGAGGACGAGGACGAGGAGGAGGAGGUGUUGAAGCAGGAUGAGUAAAGUCCGCACUCGAUCAACCAGCCAUCAAGCCUGUUUGGUUGUUUACCGGAACCAUGUUUCCUUCAACCAGAUCGAUGUCACUGUUUAUCACGCUGAUGUGUCUUUAUUCUGUGAUAAAAAAAAAUACAUGAAUAAUUUUUAA